CAGCCGUGACGUACGCAGAGACAACAUCGCUUUAGCUAGUAAGUUCGCUUAGACAGUGGGAGAUGCAAUAUUUGGAGGCUGCCGCGUCGAUAUUUGCCAUCAGCAGUUUUCCUUGGCGAGAGGUUGCUAUACCUGGGCUCCCUGGAUGGCGUGCUGCAACCACCACCACUGUGAGUGCCGAGGAGAGAAGGUUUUCUGGGGCUUUCAGCUACAACUGUGGCACUUCGGUGACCUCGUCGACACGGAGGAACAGAUUUAUUGUAUGGAAAUGCUGUGGCCACUCACUGUGCCUGCUAGAGAUGUCCUUGGAUUUCAGCCUGGCUCAUGCUGCUCUACAACUAGAGAUAAAGGACGGGAGUACCUUGCUACCAAAUGUGACGAUACAGGAACUGGAGGGAAAUUCUGUCGCCAUUCUUUUUGCAACAUCUUCAUGUGUGUUCAGACUUCUCCUACCACAUCCUGAUGCAAUCAGCAAGGUGCAACAGCUUGUGUGGCAGCGACCCACGUACCCUAUCCUCUCACCUCUCUUCUCCACAGCGCCAGAAACGUGAGUGACGGCAGCCUUGGCUACACGGUACAGAGAGACAGCCCU